AUGGCAGCGUCACGAUUGAACGGCAUGGGUCAGGUUUACGAUGCGUACUACCAGACUGCCUGGGCGCAUGUAGACAACGACGAGUUUGACAAGGCCAACGAGCUCGCCAAGCUGCCACGCCUUGUUGGCUUUCAGCCCCGAUUGCUACGUCGAACACGCCCGAAAGGCCCUCGAACUCUACGAAUACAUGCCCCCGACGGUCGUGCUCUUCAGCUCAAGGAGUCGUUGAUCAAGGGUGCGAGAAGGACCCUGGAGAAAGCGGAGAGCGACGCCAAGAAGCAUGCCCAACCGCUCACUGAGGAGGAAUACGACCGGGCUAUGGAUGAGUACUUUCAGGUUUUCGAAGCGGCCGAGGCUGCCUGGGAGGAGUCUGGCAAGGAGAGCGACGAGAGGGCUGUCCCAGAGCCCGGUAAGGAUGGCUCUGACACCGAGGAUAAGUCCGAAGCCCAAGACGCUCAGGGUGGUCCCGCAGUGACGACCACUGACACACAGACUCCUCGGGACGCAACCAUCGUCCGGUCGGUUGGCGUUGGCGCUACUAAACUCGACAAUACCGCGCCUAUGACACCAUUCACCCCGGGCAUGGAAUAG